AGGGCUUGGGGAAAUGGGGAGAGAGUGUCGCUGAGACAGAGGUGAUGUGUGCAAAGUGAGAGACCCGGAGGAAAGUUUGGAAGGAAAGGGAGCGAGGGCAGUGGAGCUGCACGGAUGGUGGAGGCUUGGGGGUUUCCCUUCUUGCCCCCGUGGAAAGACGGCAGAGUUAAGCAGUAUCAGUUGCAGCCAAUUUUGAUUGCCAGGCGCUUGGCUUUUAAUAGGGUGGGAAGGGCAGAAAGGAAUGGUCAUGUGGGUUUGGAGAAUUGGGGUCGAAUGAGGGUUCAACCGGAUUUGCUUUCCAAAACACUCUCUUGCUUGCUGCUUCCUUGUUUUUCCUGGUUACAAAUAGGGAGACGUAAAGCACUUUUCUAGGGUUUUGUUUUGUUUUGUUUUGUUUUUUUUUUUUUGCAAUUAGCCAUACAAGAAUGGGAAGAGAGACGUUACUGGAGCCUUAUAUAUACCAAGGUGGAGGCUCUGGAAGCCUGAGGAGGAUAUAGAAGAGACAGGCUGGCAUUUAGGAAGAGACCUGGGAAAUUAAAUUUCUUGCAAAGGACACUGGAGAUUGCAGCUGCUGAGCAGAGAUUCUGGAAAGCACUCUGUCCCUGAGCCUCUAGCAUGGCGGGCCUGAAGCGGCGGGCAAGCCAGGUGUGGCCCGAAGAGCAUGGUGAGCAGGAACAUGGGCUCUACAGCCUCCACCGUAUGUUCGACAUCGUGGGCACCCACCUAACGCACAGAGAUGUUCGUGUGCUUUCUUUCCUCUUCGUUGAUGUUAUUGAUGACCAUGAGCGGGGACUCAUCCGAAAUGGACGUGACUUCUUACUGGCACUGGAGCGCCAAGGCCGCUGUGAUGAGACUAACUUUCGCCAGGUGCUGCAGCUGCUGCGCAUCAUCACUCGCCAUGACUUGCUGCCCUACGUUACUCUCAAGAAGAGACGGGCUGUGUGCCCUGAUCUUGUAGACAAGUAUCUGGAGGAAACAUCAAUUCGCUAUGUGACCCCCAGAGCCCUCAGUGAUCCAGAGCCGAGGCCUCCCCAGCCCUCUAAAACAGUGCCUCCCCACUAUCCUGUGGUGUGCUGCCCCACUUCAGGUUCUCAGAUGUGUAGUAAGCGGCCAGCCCGAGGGAGAGCCACACUUGGGAGCCAGCGAAAACGCCGGAAGUCGGUGACCCCAGACCCCAAGGAAAAGCAGACAUGUGACAUCAGGCUUCGAGUCCGGGCGGAAUACUGCCAGCAUGAGACUGCUCUGCAAGGCAAUGUCUUCUCCAAUAAGCAGGACCCACUUGAGCGCCAGUUUGAGCGCUUUAACCAGGCCAACACUAUCCUCAAGUCCCGGGACCUGGGCUCCAUCAUCUGUGACAUCAAGUUCUCUGAGCUCACCUACCUCGACGCAUUCUGGCGCGACUAUAUCAAUGGCUCGUUAUUAGAGGCACUGAAAGGUGUCUUCAUCACAGACUCUCUCAAGCAAGCUGUGGGCCAUGAAGCCAUCAAGCUGCUGGUGAACGUGGAUGAGGAGGACUAUGAGCUGGGCCGACAGAAACUCCUGAGGAACUUGAUGCUGCAAGCAUUGCCCUGACCUUCCCUGUCUCACCUCUCUGGGGAUUGUUGGCUCCAUCACCUCUGGAGCUUACAUACUGUUCUGGGGUUCGUUCUCUGCCCUUCAACCAAUCACACCACCUUUUCUUUUUUCUUUCUUUCUUUCUUUUUUUUUUUUAAGGAAAAGACAAAGGAAAGUGGAAAUGGUGUUCCCUCCCCCUCCCUGCACCCAUGUGCCUGGGCUUCCCCUCUGUUUCCUGUUGCCACUUCCCCCUAAUGUGUGUCUCUACAGCCACCUUACCACUGAGCCGUAAGACAAGUGUAUAGGGACGGAGUCUAUGGAACAUAGCCUUUGUAAGGGACUGAACGUUGCUUUCAGGUGCAUCGAGGGGUAAUCAAUACUUAUGGCUUUAUGAGGGCUCUAAAAUUUUGUCUGAAAAACCAAAGGGCUGUGAGUAAAGGAGCUGUGUGGAAGGUGGGACUCUGAAGUGUAUUUUGGAAAUUAAUUACCACCUUCUUCCAAAUUAUAGAAUUUUUUAAAAACAAA